GCACGCUGUUCGUGAGCGGCCUGCCUAUGGAUGCCAAGCCAAGGGAACUGUACUUACUCUUCAGGGCCUAUGAGGGUUACGAGGGAUCACUGCUAAAAGUCACAAGCAAGAACGGGAAGACAGCUUCGCCGGUGGGCUUCGUGACGUUCAACACUCGAGCCGGAGCAGAGGCGGCGAAGCAGGACCUGCAGCAGGGCGUACGGUUCGACCCCGACAUGCCCCAAACGAUCCGCCUCGAGUUUGCCAAAAGUAACACGAAGGUUAGCAAGCCGAAGCAGCAGGCCGCGACCGCUGCGGGCACCCACCCGACUCUCAUGCACCCACUCACAGGACACCUGGGCACGCCGUUCUUCCCCGGCGCGGCAGAGCUGUGGCACCACCCGCUGGCGUACUCCGCGGCGGCGGCGGCGGCCGAGCUGCCCGCGGCGGCGCUGCAGCACCACGCGCACGCGCACGCCGCGGCCACGCUGGUGCACCCGGCGCUCCACCCGCAGCCGCCGAUGGCGAUGGCGCACCCAGCUGCGGCCGCGGCGUUGACCUCCAUCCACGCGUCGCUGCCGCACUUCCUGCCAUCGCCGGCGCUUGCGUCGCCCGUCGGAUCCUCCUCGUCGCAGCCGGGCGUCAGCAACGCCCCCUGCUCCACGCUGUUCGUCGCCAACCUGGGCCAGUUCGUGUCCGAGCACGAGCUCAAGGAGCUCUUUAGCAGCUUCCCCGGCUUCUGUCGCCUCCGCAUGCACACCAAGGGAGGGUCCCCCGUCGCUUUCGUCGAGUUUCAAGAUGUGCGCUGCGCUGCCCAAGCCAUGGCCAACCUGCAGGGCUCCUUCUUGCUCUCCUCUGACCGGGGAGCCAUUCGUAUCGAGUACGCCAAAAGCAAAAUGGCAGAGGGACCCAAGGGAGAAGAAAAUGGACAAUCUUAAUUAUCCUUACCUCCAGCUGAGCACCUGACAUGAGCAUCAGCAACCUGGCUCUGGUGUUGCUAUGCCCUCAUAGGCCUGAAUUCUUGAAGACAGCGAGGCAUCUUGAUUAAAUAUGAAUACAUAAAAUGGCGCACACUGUGCCAUUGCCAUAGGUCAAUCUGUUAAAAUCUUAAAAUUUUGUUAUUUUAUUCUUCUUUUGAUUCAUCAAUAAGAAUAUUA